AUGACAGAAACCAAACAAGAGAAAGAGGGACGGGCAGACUGCAUAUUUCUCGACUGUCAGAAGGCAUUCGCUACGGUCCCGCAUGAAAGACACCUCCUUAAGCUAGAGAAGCAGGCUUGGGUAUCUGGAAGCGUCCUUAGGAACUGGGACACGGGAGCUCUCCUGGAGCUAUAUACAACGAAAGUGAGACCCACACUUGAGUAUGUAGCCCCAGCAUGGAACUCUUACCUGAAAAAGUACAAGGAUACACUAGAAAAGGUUGAAAGAUAUGCAACGAAAUUUGUUACUGAGCUGAAGGGAUUAAGCUAUGAGGAAAGACUGAGAGUAAUGGACUUUACCACACUAAAAGAAAUGAGAAAUAGGGAAGAUAUAGCAGCAACAUAUAAGAUUCUUAGGGAAAUUAACAAGCUGGACAAAACAGCUUCGUUCAAAGCUAGGAACAGGAGAACGAGGGAUCAAAAAUGA